AUGUCCUCAACGACCACUAUCACGACAGUUGCACAAGCCGACAAGCAGACAUCAGGAGCAUCGCCUCGCGACGUGUGGGAGAAGCAGAUAUCCGUUCUCCUGGACCAGGCCAACCAACACAAGGAGCCGUACAAGGCCCAGUUCGGCCCCCACUCAAUCACCAUCCACCCAACAGUCUACUCUCCCGCAUAUUUCCCCGAGACGUGGUGGUAUGGCACUCACCUUCCGGCCAUCGUCAACAAGGGCAGCUGGCUCGAGAUCGGUGUAGGCUCGGGGCUCGUGUCGCUGUGCAUCGCCAGUGCAGGAUCCAAGAGCGUGUCAGGCGUCGACAUCAACCCCAACGCGGUCGAGUUCACGGCCAAGAACCUCGAGGCCAACGGUCUCAAGGGUAAUUUCACCGUCAGCGACAUCUUUGAGAAUGUCGAGGGCAAGUUUGACUUCAUCUUCUGGAACCACCCGUGGCAGUACGACUCGACCAUCCCGGACCAGCUCAAGUCGGAGAAGACGCACGACUCCGAGUACAAGUUGCUGAGAAGAUUUGUCGCCGAGGCCAAGGACUACCUGACAGAGAAGGGAGUUAUGCUGCUGGGCACUUCGGCAUACGCAAACCUUGACGCCAUCAAGUCCAUCGCGGAAUCGAAUGGUUACAACCACAAGGAGCUGCUGAGGGGGCAAGAGCCCAUCGGUAAUGACGUUGUGGAGGAGUACUAUGUUAUUGAGCUGUCAAAAUGA